UCUUUAACCCCAGUCGUUGAUUUUACACAAUCCUAGGGUUAGGGUUUCGAUCUCCUUAAUCGAGACCUUUAAUCUUUUGAUCUCUCAUGUUUUCAAAUUCGACUCUCGACAUGUGUUAAUAUUUUCCCUUAUUCGAUUAUAAUUUCGUAGAUAAGUGUCGAUUUGUUUCCGUUCUAGGUUUCGAAUUUUUCUGUUCCUUGGGGUUUGUUCAAAUCUAUAAAUUUGUAGAGGGGUUUGGUUCCUUUGAUAGAUUCGAAGGUGGUUCAUUUAAUUUUGUGCUUUAAUUUUUCUUGUUGACCGUAAAUUUGGAUUCUACGGUUAGGGUUUCUGAAAAAAUUAGGGUUUGUUUUUUUAUAUGUUUCAAUUGGGGAAACGUAAAUUUACAUUAAAUUAAGCUUCUCUAGAAUAUUAUACGGUCUAAUAUUGUCAAACUUAAGUCUUUUAGGGUCGAAUUUUUCUGUUCCUUAGGGUUUGUUCAAAUCUAUAAAUUUGUAGAGGGGUUUGGUUCCUUUGAUAGAUUCGAAGGUGGUUCAUUUAAUUUUGUGCCGUUAAUUUUUCUUGUUGACCGUAAAUUGGGAUUCUACGGUUAGGGUUUCUGAAAAAAUUAGGGUUUGUUUUUUUAUAUGUUUCAAUUGGGGAAACGUAAAUUCACAUCAAAUUAAGAUUCUCUAGAAUAUUAUACGGUCUAAUAUUGUCAAACUUAAGCCUUUUAGGGUCUCAAGUCGCCUGAAAUUUUAUCUGGACAUAUCUGUUGAGCUUAAGAUUAAAGACAUGGGAUUUAAGCGGCCUUUUGAUGAUGAAGAAUUCCAGGAGCUACAUUGCAAACAUUCAAGACAGCUUGAUGUUAACAAUAAGCUGACUCAAUUUCAACAAGUUCCCUCUAAUAAUGCGCUUCAGAAACCUGAUAUUUCAGGUGAGGAUGUGGAUGGAGUUCAUCCACAUGGAUGGCAAGGGGAAUCUGAAAGUGAAACUGUUGUUAAUGAAUUCACCAAUAGUUCCAUUGAGGAAGAUGCUGGGUCCAAGUCAACAUUUUAUGCAUCUAUUUCACUUGAACAUUUUGGAUAUAACUUCCCAUGGAAAACAUUUGUUCCAUUUGAUAAUACCUAUUCUUCUGUCUUAGAUCGCUCCCCUAAAAAACAGGUUCCUCUUGGACCAAAUCAUCAGGCCAGCCUUCCAUCUUGGGACCCCUACACAAGCAAGAACAUAUCAGAUUGUAAAGCCACAAUCAACGAAAGUUCCUCAAAUUAUCUGGGAUUAGACAACAAUGUUGAAAAUGACAAUGAAGAGUUGCUGAUGGGGACUUGUAUUAUUCCAAUGCCCAACUCAAUUUUGUCUGCACAGAACACUGACAAGGUUGGAGAGGGAAGUACAGACUGUGACUGCCUGGACAAGGGCUCUGUCAGAUGUGUGCAACAGCAUAUUAUGGAAGCACGGGAAGAACUUUUGAAAUCCCUUGGGCAUGAAAAUUUUGUUAAGUUGGGUUUAUGUGACAUGGGAGAGGUGGUGUCCCGUAAAUGGACUGAAGAAGAGGAGCAGGCCUUUCAUGAUGCUGUUUACUCUAAUCCUGCAUCCCUAGGCAGGAAUUUUUGGAAGCACUUGUCAGCAAUGUUCCCUUCCAGAACCAAAAAAGAAAUAGUUAGUUAUUAUUUUAAUGUAUUCAUGAUCCAGAGGCGGGCUUCUCAAAAUAGAAGUUACUCUCUGGAUAUCGAUAGCGAUGAUGAUGAAUGGCAUGGAAGUCAUGGGGAUCUCUACAAUGUUCAAGGUUCAGGAGAAGAAGAUUCUGCCAUUGAGUCUCCUGUUGCUGAAGAUGAGCUAGCAGACACUGAAGAGGAUUGUUCUGAGGAAGAUGAUGCUGAUGGAGAUGUUGGAAAUUUUGGUGCUGAUGCAACUGAAGAAGAUUAUGGGUUAGAUUGUAUAUCUCAGUCUUACAUGGAAAAGUCGUCAAACAGGAAUGGGGUUGAUUCUGCAGUUCCACAGGUAGAUACAAGUACAGGGAGAGUUGUCACUCUUAGUAUUCAAGAUGACUCAUGUACUUCCUUUGAGUUUGAUAUGGUUGAUACUUGUGGUCCACUGGAUGCUGUACGUGCAUGGCAAGUAAGUGGAGCAAAGACUGACCUUAGUAAAAGUUUGCAUGGUGAACCGGAUGCGUGUAAUGACCUGGUUGGUCAUGCAAGUUUAUUGGAUUCCUGUGAUGCUAAAGCUUGGGAUGGACGGUAUUCGAGUCCGAUAAAAGGUGUUGAUCUGCUGCCUACAUGCAACAUUAUUGAUGAGAUCUUUGGCCAAGGCAGUUGAGAUACAAAGACAAGAUAUGAUUAAGGCAUCCGUUGGUGGCUCAUUGAGAAAUUCCCUGCUGGUACCUCAGUAGGGCCACAUUCUAGACUUUCUUAGUUAGGAGUGUCAUGCAAGAAAACUUAUAUUAUCUAAAGAUAGGAGAGUUUGUCCUCUAAAUUUCCUUGUACAUUCUUUUGUGGAAUAAAAUGUAUGUACAUGAGCAAGUUGCAGCACUCCUAAUGGAAUCUUUUUUUGUCA